GAUUCUCAAGGCGGGACACUUAAGUGCUUCACGGAUGACGAGUCUUUCAGCUAAUUAUACAGUCAAAUAUAUUACUUCCCCAAAUUAUCCAUUCAAUUACCCGAGCAAUGUCGAGCGCACAUUGAAAAUCGAUGCGGGUGAAUACUUUCGGGUCAAGAUCAACGUUACCUACUCGCAACUGGAGAGCACUGUUGGCUGUCAAAAUGAAUACGUUGAAGCGUUCGAUGGUUCAGAUUCAAAAGCCACCUCUCUUGGACGUUGGUGUGGGGGAACUAAACCAAACAAAACCAGUUCAGGAUCUUUAAUGUUCCUGAAAUUCAAGUCGAAUUCCCAUGUAGUCGACAGAGGAUUCAUUAUCAAGUAUACGAUAGAGUUCGUGGGAAUUUACGCUUCGACAGUCUCUACCGGGAUAAUUGUUGGAGCUUGUCUGGGGGUAGUAGCUGUAAUAUUGACUGUACUGGGUGGAAUCUGCGGCGUUUCUGCCAAAAGAAGACAUGCUGGCAGAGCGACUGUUUCCUGACUAUGGAAUGGUUAUCAAGCAAAUAAUCAGUCAAAUAAAUCGCUGGUAUCUAGCC